AUGGACCAUUCCGCCGAGCUAAAUCCAGAGCAGCCGCCGAAGCGAUCAUCGGCUCUGCGACGCAGGAACUCGAUCGCCACUCCGGUGGAGGUCCCCGCAAAGUUAUCUCUCCCAAACACCACCACCAAGCCGCUUCAAGGCUCCCACAGCUUCCCCUUCCAAAACGGCACCGCACCUUCUCUAGACUUCGAGCUCGUCUCCUCCCUCAAGUCCUCUCUGGCCUACACCUCCUUGAAAGACCUGCUUCCCUCCUCGUCCGACGCAACCGUCGCGUCCCCCACCGCCGCUAACUCCGGGUACCAGAUAUCAAUCCGCAACCGCCUCGUGAAGCAGGCCGCAUGGGCCUACCUCCAGCCUAUGUCCUCCUCCCCAAGCUCCUCCGGCCCACACUUCCUCCGCCGCGUCUGCCUCAGACUCUCCACAAGCCUCACCGCCUGCCUCGCCUUUAUUCAAAGCCAUCUCGUUCCUGCCAUGACCGAGCUUUUCGAUCGGAUUCUCCAGGCCUUUCGAAUCCGGACGAGAAGAUAGCGUCGGUCACAUUGACGGCAAUCGUCCGCCUUCACGGCAACCUUCCGAUGCCCAUGACUUGUAUGUGUGUGAAAGUGAUUUGAGUUUUUUUUUUUUUUUUACACCUUUUUUUUUUUUUUUUUUUACACCAUUUUCAAUGGCAAACCCCCAGAGAGAAUGUCUAAAGCUUAUGACAGGAAAAUAUAUAUUACAAGAAGAAAAGAAUGAAAUAAGAUUUCCAAAUUUUCCAAAAAGAAUAGAGGUAUUUGUACAAUUCUCAAUAAUGUGGUUUAGAGCGCCUAAAAUUUAGGUGACCUUGGUGCGAGUUUUUGCUCGAAUUGUUUUCCGGGAAAUCGGCUGGGCCGCGCUCCUGGCUGUACUCGUCGUCAGGGCGCAAGUACUCUGCUUCGAAUUUCGCUGGCUGGGCAAUGAUGCGGUUGAACAAGCUGCCGGACAGUGGUGGGGCACUCGGACUCGGAGGCCACUUGUUUUUGUCCGACCGGCUGGCUUGCUUGUUGGCUGCACCAUUUGGGGGCGGUUGGGGCGUGCUCGAACGAUUAUUCUGGGCCCUCUGCAAAGAUUGUUCAAGCGUCAGUUCAUCAUGAGGCAUUUUAAGGUCUGGAAAUAGGGAUAAAGCUUCAAAAUCACGAGUACUAGCCCGGAAAUGCUAGUUUAGUUCAUAAAGGAGUCCAUUAGGUGGUAGCUUUACGUUUUCGUAAUGAAUGAAAAGUCAAUCCUAAAUUGUUCUCAAUAUGGCUGAUUAAGAUGUCGUUGAAAUGAAACGUUGAAUCAAAUAUUUUUAUUA